AUGCUGUCUUCCUCAGAGACUUGCCAGCUUGGUUCUAGUUCUAGCAACCCUGUCAUGGAUCAGCAGAAUUUACUUCCCAACAACUCUAACGUGGAUGAACAGAUUUUACUCCCAAAUGCAUUAGAGCAUGAGGACUACCCACACUAUUUGCUCAAUAGUCAUGAGGUGGGAAUGCCAAGUGGAAGCCUGAUUGGUCAGCAAAAUACAAGCUUGAGCUUGUGGGAACCAGCUGGAUCUAGCUCAAUGGGCUGCUUAGUUGAUCAUGGCAACUUUUUCCAGGCAAAAAGGGAGCAUCUUGCCUCUUCUCUGUCUAUUGGAGGCCCCUUAAGUAUAGACAGGAGGAGGCAUGAAGGCACUAGUUCAUUGCCUUCACACAACCUAAACAUAGACCUCAACAUUAAUCAGGCUGAUCAAUUUGGCUCUGAUGAUGUUGAUCUUGUACAUGGUAAUGGACAAUCAAGAGCAAAUACUGUCACAGCCCACAGGGGCUCUUUCAUAACUGAGCGUAUUCUGCAUCAUGGAGUUUCUUCGGAUGCUAUAGGAAGUUCUUCACGGAAUGCAGAAAGUUUUGAUGGUGCAGCAGGCCAAGACAGUCAUCAUCCAGCCUUUAAGAGAAAGUAUCUUGAUGGAUGUCAUGCAGAGUCUUCUGCAAAUGGUAGCUCACGCAAUCGUCACCAGAAUAAUAGUACUCUGCUACCUCCACCGACCACCCGUGAAAGUUUGGCUAUGCCCACCGCAACAAAUUUUAGUGUUCCAUAUCCUCCUGUGGAACAGCUAAACCAGAGUACUAAUAUUGCUGCAAGCUCUACUUUGUCUGAUCACUAUUCUUCAUAUGGUGAUCCAAAUGCAAAUGAAUUCGUGCGAAAUACACGGAUGCGAAUAAACACUAGCGAUUAUGAUCAAUCGCUGCCCAGUCUAUUACCUGAGGGGAGUUUCAGGUGCUCAGCUUAUCAGUCUACACAGCAGCAGUCAUCAUUUAUUCCAGUGCAACCUAGACAAGUGAGCUCUUCUUCUGGGUCUCAUAGUCGACCUCAUGUGCCUGCUGUUACUCAAUUUUCACAAAAUCUUCACCGUCCCUCAUCAAAUGUUAGUUUUGGAUCAAGAAUUGGGAAUUCUUCCACUUCUUCUGGUUCUACAAUACCGAUACCUGCUUCACAAGAUCCCAGUACAAGCUUGUUGGGAAGCGAUUAUCCUGAGCCCCUUUUGUUAGGUUCUUCUUUGUUUACAGCUGAUUCAACAAAUUUAUUAUCUGCAUCUGGAAGCAGAAGUAAUGAGCAAAAUUCUGGAUCCAGCUCUAGUUCCAUGCUUAGACCUGUUGUUAAUGUUGGAGCUCAACAAGUCCCUGGGUUCAAUGUAUCUCAGCCAAGUACAACUUUAAGAGGUUCAUCUGAUGUGUCCAGGAGGUCCUUAAUUUCUGCUGGUGUUUCUCAUUCUAGAACUUCAAGCAUCGCAUUGCAGCACCGUGGAACUUCAUCCACAUCACAAGAGAUUAGGAGUCAUCAGCCAGGUUCAAGCUCUCGUGCCCAUCAGCAGCAGUCCUUAAGGCCUGGUCAUUCCUCCAUAGACAGGCAGAGCUCUGGUUACUUGGACCUUCAGUCUUUUAUGCAGACCAUAGCUUCAAGGGAAGGAGGCAGGCCAAUGUCAGAGAUCCGCAAUGUUUUCGAUCAGAUUCGUCAGGGGAGAAAUGCACGAUUGGAGGAUUUGCUUCUCAUUGAUCGGUCGCUUAUUAUGAGGCGAGCUAAUUUGAUUGAUAGACAUCGGGAGAUGAGGCUUGAUGUGGAUAAUAUGUCCUAUGAGGAAUUGCUGGCACUAGGUGAACGCAUUGGGUACGUAAACACAGGAGUUACUGAAGAAAAGAUUAUGAGUAACAUGAAACAAUGGAAAUAUGCCUUAAUAUCAUUGGAAGAUCCUCCAACAGGUGUUGAACCAUGCUGUAUUUGCCAGGAAGACUAUGUGGAAGGCGAGGACUUGGGCAGACUGGAUUGUGGUCAUGACUUUCACACCGCAUGCAUCAAACAAUGGCUGGUUAUAAAAAAUCUGUGCCCAAUCUGCAAGAAAACAGCACUGGACACCUAA